UGAUCAAAACAAUCAUGUUCAUAUUAUGCAUCUUCCUGAUUAACCUAGGUGCAAAAUACCUAAAUGAGUGUUCACAGCAGAACUACAUCCCAGUUUUUUUGAUUGUGGGUGGAGUGUUUGGCAUUAUCAUAUUUCUGCUCAGUUGCCUGACCUACAUUAUUGGUUUUCUCUGUCUCAUCUUGAACUGCCUGGCGAUCGCUUUUAGCAUCUGUUGGUUCAUCACUGGCAGUGUUUGGAUCUAUACCAUCUACCCACCCAACUACAACUCGACUGUGGCUGAUGUGCCCUACUGCGAUAAGACUUUAUACCAAUUUGCUUUCUGGAUAACUACGCUGGCAUAUGUUGUAUUAGCAAUAGCGUUUUUGAAAAUCUGUUGCUUGGCAAUAAUCCUGAAAAUAAAAAUGGGAAAAAGGGUAUCUACAGAAGAGACCGGAAACUGACAGUGUCAGUUGCUGAUUUAAUAUAUUUGUUUCAUGCUAGUCCACUGUACUAUACAUCUAGACAGACAUGUGGGGUAGGGAUCCUCUAGAUUUCUGGGUUUUUCAUGGGCUCUCUUUUCUUCAGAUAUAAAACAGCCACAAAGAUCCAUCCUUUUCUCAGCAUUUUCCACAUUUUGUUAGAAUUUCAGUGAUUUCCAUGUUCUAUUGGAAUUUCUCUAUUGCAUACCUUACUCGUGCUGGCUGAGAAGGGCCACGGACUAGCACAUGCCCUUCCUCCCACUUGUCAAGACAAAGAUUAUUGUCGUUGUCUUGACAUGUGUGAAGACAAACAUAAUAAUCAGCUGUCAAACUAGCCUUAUUAAUAUAAUUUUAUGUAUUGUUGAUUACGUGCCAAUCUCCCACACUGUCCAACAAGCAUAAUGUCUGUGUAGGCUGAAUUACAGUUGAGCUGUGAUAGGAGAUCCUUGAUUACAGCUGAAUGUAGUGUGUUAAUAAAAGCUUUAAAACCUGCCUUUUA